AUGACUUCUAAAUUGGAAUGUAAUUUGAUUGUUUCUGAUAAUGGUAAUGUUGGGCAGAGUCAGGAUAAUGAUGUUGAAAACAAACCUCUUCGUACAACACCUGGUUGUAGAAUAUGUGGUGAUAAAUCUUCUGGUGUGCAUUAUGGUGUUGUUACAUGCGAAGGGUGUAAGGGUUUUUUUCGUAGAUCAUUUAAAACACAUGGAAAAUAUGUUUGUCCGAAAGAUAAGAAUUGUGAAAUAAGUAAAAAUACUCGGAAUAGAUGUCAAUUUUGUAGGUUUAAGAAGUGUGUUGAUGCCGGAAUGAGUAAACAAUCUGUAAAGUAUGGAAGAGCAAGGAGAGAAAAACAACGAGCAGAUAGAGAAGAAAUAUUGAAUGAUAAUAGAUUCUCUGGUGAUGGAAUGAUUUAUACACCUGAAUCUAGUCCACCAAAUUCACAAUAUGCAGUGAAAGAUAUCAACAGUCAGGAACGAGUACUCCAGUCGCAACCUGUUGUGUCUAAUGGUGGUUAUACAAUUGUCAUUCCACAGAAUUCUCUUGGUUGUAAUUAUAAUGUAUCUGGUAUAAAUACUAUUAUACAAUAUCAACAAUGUUCACCAGUCGAAAAUAACAUCUAUGACAAAUCACCUCCGACAGUGUCAUCUGUCAUGCCAAUAUAUGAAGAAGAACCACAAGUAUACGGUGAAAUCAAAUAUCAAGCAGUUCCUUCUCAUUCGGAUGAAAAUAUACUUCAAAUUAAAGAUGAAGUUAUUUAUGCUCCAGUGACGAAUGACUUUCUUGUGCGACUGAUAGAUCGUUUUAGUUCACUUGUAUUAGGUGAAAUGUCAAGUUAUCUAAGUGCAAAACACAGUAGUGUUGAUCAGAAUCUCGAACUUAAAUUGAUCUCACAGGACCGCUUUGGUGGCUGGAUUUAUUUUUCGAAAGAAAUCUUAAUUUAUAUUCAGAAAAUAAUUGACUUUGCCAAUGGUAUAGAUGAAUUCAAGCGUUUGGAGAAUGAACAUCAGUGUGCUGUUCUUAAGGAUUCUGCUUUUGAAUUAAUGGUUGUCAUUGCAAGUCGAUUAAUUGAUCUAGAUAACACUAUAUAUCCUCUAAAAGCUGGCAAUAUAUCAACCAGAGUGUUGAUGUCAGGAAGUACAGAUGAUGUCAAUUUUAUGCAGGAUAUAUAUUACACAAUAACAAACAUAUCUAACUAUAAAUUUUCAGAUGAAAUACUGUCAUUGAUUGCUUCAUGGAUGUUUGUUGAAAGUUUUAAAACAAGAACUGAAUAUCUUAGUCAGAUACAGGAAUAUCUAGGUCAUCUUCUUGCUCCUAGAUUUAGUGGUGAUGUAAAUAUGGCACUUGAUGAAAUUUGCCAACUUAUUAAUCAAUAUUUUUCUAGAGAAAAACCAGGAAUUUAG